AUGAGGUUACUGCCCCGGCCCGAAGUGAAAAGAAAUGUGGACGUUGGUGCCCUGAGCUCUGGCCUCGGCAGUCGGCCGGCAGCAGAGCCGUGCGAGCGGGCCGCCCCCACCGCCCGCCGCCCGCCGCGGCCCCGGGGCUCGGUCCCUGCCGCCUCCGCCCCGCCGCCCCCGGCGGCCGCAGCGAGCAGCCUCUGCCCGGCACUGCGCGCCGGGGGGAGCGCGACAGCGGGGGCUGAAGUGGUGAGAGCAGCUGGGGAGCCUUCCCCGCUCCCCCCGAAAGUCACGGGCACAGAUGCACGCACACCGGGCAGCUACACGGCACUGGCGUGCGCGGGUCCACACGCCCGUGGAAGUAAAGGGCACGCAGAGAUUCUGGUGCCCCUCGGCUCCCCCACCCCUCCAUCCCCUGGGAGACCACGUCCCGGGAAGCGGCCUGCGCGUUUCCCCCGGAGGACCUCGACGAUCGCGUCGAAGCCCGAGGAGGCAGAUCCGCGCCACGAGGAGUACAUGGAGGUGGGCAGAUGCGGAGUCCGACGCCUUGCCUACCAGAUGCAGAAAUAUUUGGUGAGAAUAAACAUAUACAUACCGCUCACAUAUUCGAGGCUACCUGGUGUUACAUUUUUUUAUGUACUGCACCCACUUUCUCUCCCUCUCCUCCACAGCGUGCUCGAGUUUUGCACAAACACAUACGAGCUUUUCUUUGAGGGGAAAAUUAGGGAAAGAGGGAGAAGGAGGCGAAAGACUGGGUAAAUCCGGAGUCUUCACAAAAAACCCCAAGCCCCACACCAAAACAGCACUUGAAAUUAUUUAGCUGCUGGAUAAAGACACCUAUUUUGGCAUCAACUGAGACAUUAUUUUGAUUACCCAAAAGCGUACCCGUCCUUAACGCCAGUCAGCAUUUGUAAGCGAGAGUUACCUGGGCUCUGCUUUGUUCUGAUUUUUAGCAAGAGAUGUUUUAUGGAUGGCAAUAGCAAAACAAAGCGGUCUUGGGAUGCCUGCUACAUCUCGCCCCGAGUGUGCUCAGCCCCUGCCGGCCCCCAGCCCGGGAGUGCUCAGCCCCC